UUGUUUUGCUCGGAACAGUUUCUGAUUGGACGGUUCUGAGGAAAGAAACGCUAAAUGUGACUAAAACCAGGAAAAAGCGAAGCUAAAUUAUUUUCGACGUCAAAUGUCUGGUGGUUCAUAAGUUUUCCUCUCUUAUUGUACCCUAUUUGUCACGUCAAGUUUGUACGUAACCAAAAUAAUCAUUCGGGAUGGGCCUCGACAGAAUUUGGCCGAACUGGCUAGUUUUCUUUCACUUUUUGCUGAUUGUUCUCUCACAACCAUCAAGAUAUUGCAACAAUCAAACGCUAGAUGAUUGCUCUGAGCAAGUCUUUGGAGAGCAUAAAACUUCGUCGGACACAUGCGAGUUGAAAAAAAUUGAAAGAAGUGAAUGUCCCAAUCAGCAACUCAGUGGUGAAAACAAUGAGGAUCUUGGCAAAAUUACUAUAAAUUCAUAUUUUUACAACCUGGAACCAUCUCGAUUAGUCUCAUACAAUAUUUCCUUUUCAAACAUCAAAUGGGAUCAUGCCAUAAUGAGAUACACAUUGCAUGGGAAAGAAGGUGAACAAAUGUUUUGCCGUUCGUUUGAAAUAUCAGGGAUCGUCUUGCCUGAGAAAGAACUCACUUAUGAUUGCAAUUGGUGGAAUAUAUCCCAGGAAAAAGGAAGGCUGAAAGUGGAGGUUAUGCUCGCAAAAGGGAGCCAGCGUACAUAUAAAAAACUUGCCUUGCGAAUUCAAGAAAAUGAAUAUCACGAACAUGUUGCCAAAUCUGCAAAUCAAUGGGAAGUUUUUACCUACGUAGAUGUGACUUCCGAGGAAGAAAUCUCCGUCCACAUGGAAAAUCCAAAAGAGUUUGGAAAUUUUUCCUACCGAGUUAAGGCUGUCCAUGUAGUUGAUGGCAAAGAGAAAAUCAUCGCAGAAAAGCUGACUAAUUCGACUGUGGCUACUUUCAAAUCUUCGGAACUUCAGCUUCCUCUCUUUUUCUACGUGGAGCCUAUUGGAGAGAAUUGUCGCAAUGCUUGCCGCAUUGCCAAAACCCUUACUAUUUUAUAUGAGCCUACGUCUUACGCUGCUCUUGUUUUUUCCAUCGUUCCCAUCUUGAUUGUCCUUGCCAUCUUUGCACUCUUCAUUUUUGUUUAUAUUCCUACAAAGAGAAGGCACCAGCUUAUUGGAAUACCAAAGCCGUCAGUUGUCAUCAUGUACAAUGGAAACCACGAUUUCCAUUCGAGCCUUGUCAAGGAUUUCGCAGAUUUUCUUACUUCAAAAAAUAUGGACAUUCAUCUUGACAUUGAUGAAAUUUCAAAGCUUUCUGACCCUGACCCAUCAAAAUGGUGCUCAGGUGUCAUCUACAAUGCUGAUGUUAUUCUCAUUGUGAGUAGUCCCUCCUGCUGUCCUAAUAAAGGUGAAGGGAUUUACGGAAGGCAAGUAUAUGAUGCGAUGGAAAGAGAAAUAAGAAACAACGUGGCGCAACCAAAAUGUCGUCUUGUCCGCGUUCAGUUGCCAUACUGCAGCACCCGAGAUUUUCCUGCGAAGAUGAACUACACAAUAUUUAACAUCCCAAGAGAAAUGACUUCUCUUAUUAAUUUUGUGCACAAUCUAAAUAAUUCGGCCCACGCACUUGUUUUACCCUUUUCUAAAAGGGAGGGUUCUGAUUUGAUCAAUUUAAACAAAAACAUUUACCAAGCGGGUCUUUAUAUGGAAGCCCAUGAUGUUCAAGAAGACACAAAAGGCAGCAUGGUAACAUUACCACUGAUUGAAGAUGUUGCUGACGAAAUCAAUGAAACUAAGUCAUACGAACAAGUUCCCACCGAGCCCCAAAGCCCAUCUCAAUACCCAGAUAUGAAAAGAAUGAAGUUGCUCGGGGAAGAUGGCGAUAACGGAAGGGAGGGAAAUUCUCAAAUAAGAAGUUUGCUCGAGAAUGAGAAAAUUUAAGAUUCGUCUUUUAUGCGUUCCUGACCCACUCAGAGUUUGAUCUGUUUUAAGCACAAAAUAAUUUUAACAAGAAAAUCUGUGUAAUUGUAUAUUUUUCAAAUGAGAUUGAUCUUUUCCAUUUAAUAUUUAUCUAUUUGUAAAAGGGAUAAGUUUUAUAUGCUAAUGCUGUAUUUUACUAUUUUUUUUAAUAUAAUUAUUUUGCUAUGUGUGCUGAUGUAUGUGUGUGUUUGAAAAUAUAAUUGGUCCAAAAGGUG